AUGCAGUUCAACAAGUUGUUGCCCUUCCUUGUCACGGCGCUGGCGUCCGUGUCCGAAGUCGUUGAUGCUUCUGCUUGUCGGCACCAGAAGCCAAACACUGCUGUUUCCCAUGUCGAUCCUGUCACCAAACUUCCCCAUUCGACUCUUUCUACCGUCGCCAAAUCCAAGGCCACUAGCACGUCUGUUACCAAGGCUGUUGUGAAGCCUGCAGCCCCCACUGCUUCUUCAGCCACUGCUUCUUCAGCCCCUUCUUCUGAGGAGGCCUCUACCUCUGAAGUCUUCACGGGCUUGGGAACUCGAUAUGGCCUGUCCGAUGGCUGUACCGAGGAAGACUGCUGGCAAAGCGGUGCCUGCAGCUUUGUCGACUACGAUUUGCCCUCGGGUCUGGAUGGUUCUACCUGUGUCUCGGAUGAUAUCUGGGACAAUGGUGCUAACUGCGGCGGUUGCAUUUCCGUCACUUACAAAGGCGUCACCUUGAAGAUCAUGGUAACCAACAGGACUGGCGGAAAUGCUACUCAUCUCGAUAUGACCCCAUCGACCUGGUCGAAGCUCACCAAGGGUUAUUCCGGAGGUGGAGUUGACGGCAUUGAAUGGGAAUGGAUCAAAUGCCCUCUACCCGAGUCGUCCUCUCUUCAAAUUCACAUGCACAAGGGAGCCUCCAAGUACUGGUUCGCUGCUACUAUUGAGAACGCUCUUCUUCGGACGAAGAAGGUUGAAGUCAGCAGUGACAAGGGCAAGACCUGGCAAGUCUGCACCCUUCAUGAUCCCAACAUGUAUAUUCUUGACGACAAGACCCUUCCUGAUGACACCGCCUACGUCCGUGUUACCGACAUCAACGAUGGCCAGGUUGUUGUGAAGGAUGUUGUGCUCAAGUCUGGUGUGGUGACCAAGGCUACCUAG